GGCGGAAGCAGCAAGGCACCGAUACAGAAAGGUGGAGCUGAGAUACCCCGACUUGUACGACACAUCGGCCCACCUUACCCAGGUUGAUACCCGAUUGAGAAAAAUCGUCAUCUAACCUUUUGAUUUCCGUGACUUCUGAAUAUCGAACGCAUGCACCAUUAUCACCAGCAAAACCACCACAAUUCCUAGAAAAAUGACGGUCAAUACUGAGCCAGAAGCUUUGUUGUCUCAUCUUCAAAACGCCGACGGUUCCGCUACCUUCUCCUAUGCCGGGUAUACUGUGGUUGGGGCUGUAAAUGGGCCGAUCGAAGUGCAGAGACGUGAUGAACUCCCAGAGGAAGCAGCCGUCGACGUGAUCGUACGACCAGCUGCAGGGGUUGGAGGAACAAGAGAAAGACACCUGGAGUCAUUAAUCCAGUCGACUUUGCGCCAGAUCAUCCUCGUCAACAACUUCCCCAGGACCCUCAUCCAAGUUAUCCUACAGGUCACCACCGUCCCGGAGAACGAAUAUGUAAACACCAAAGUCGUGCAGGCUAGCUCGAACCUGCCUAUUCUACCUGUUCUGUUGCAGACGGCGGUACUAGCUCUACUUUCCGCUGCUCUUCCGCUGACAGCGACGUUGACAUCGACAUCCUUGGCUAUCAUUGCGGACGGCCCGUCGAAGAAAGUCGUCAUAAACCCUUCGCCGCGAGAGAUCCAAACAGCGGAGUCGUUCCACGUUUUCUCGUUUACCUCGCACGAUGAACUAAUCCUGGUGGAGAGCGAAGGGAACUUUACGAUAAAAGAAUGGGAUGAUGCUUUUGUCGCUGCGCAGCGACAAUGUUGCCAACCAGCUGCCGCGGGCGAUGGUGACAUUCUCAUGGAUGAUGGCAACCGUGCUGGCGUAGACUUGAAGCAGUUCACACGAUCUACGCUCGAGGAGAAAAUAGCUUCGGACCUGCAUUGGAAGUGAACGACGCUUCUUCUGGUCUUAAACAGUGCAUCGUGGGCCAACACGUCUCACGGAACGUAUUCUAGGAAUGUGACUGGCUGGAGUCAGCGCAGUGGAUGCACCAGACCGCCGGUUCGGAGCAUGCCACGUUGGGUGUUAGAUCCGUGUUGACAUGUUUGAUGCUCCCGAACGGAUAUGUUGCUCCUAAGAGAACAUUGAGGAUCUUCUACCAGGAAUGGUGGAUCAUCGGGUCAGGUUGAUAGGGCCGCUCUGUUUACACUGCAUGGCAAUAUGUUGAUCGGAUGAGCCUUUGGUGGACGAGCGGGAAAUGCGGCAACUCU